UUUAAUUGAAAUGGUUCAUUAAAUUAUAUUUAUUUUAUUUUACUUGUUUAUUAAUAUUACAAUCUAUACAUCUUGCUUAAUGGUUAAUAUCUCAAUAAUCCUUUGAAGUUUAUAAAAUGAGUAAUAUUUAUAUUCAAGAACCACCUACUUCUGGAAAAGUCGUACUCAAAACUUCAUUUGGUGAUAUUGAAAUUGAAUUAUGGUCAAGAGAAGCUCCAAAAGCUUGUAAAAAUUUUGUUCAGCUGUGUACUGAUGGAUAUUAUGAUGGAGUCUUGUUUCAUCGUAUUGUCAAAGGUUUCAUAGCUCAGGGUGGUGAUCCAACUGGAACUGGAGCAGGUGGUGAAUCAAUUUAUGGUCAUCCAUUUAAAGAUGAAAUACAUUCACGUCUUCGGUUUAAUCGACGUGGCUUGGUGGCUAUGGCAAAUGCUGGAAAAGAUGAUAAUGGAUCUCAAUUUUUUUUCACAUUAGGAUCUACUCCAGAACUUCAAUCUAAACAUACAAUAUUUGGAAAAGUUGCUGGUGAUACUAUCUUUAAUUUAACCAAAUUAAAUGAAACUCUUGUAGAUACGGAAGAUAAACCAGUUUAUGAUCAAAAAAUACUAAAAACUAUAGUAUUAAAUAAUCCUUUCCCUGAUAUUGUACCUAGAGUUGAAAAAAAGAGUGAAAAAACUGAAAAACUUUCAAAAAAAAAAGAAGCCGUUGGUGUCAAAAAUUUUAAACUUUUAUCAUUUGGUGAAGAAGCUGAAGUGGACGAAGAAGAACUUAUUGAUGUUGUUAAAGAAUUUAGUGGUAGACCAAAAUCAACUCAUGAUGUUCUUAAAGAUCCUCAGUUAAGUUCAGAACCUGCAGUUAUAGAUAAUGAACUUACUGAUGAUAUAACUAUACCUUCUAGUGAUCAGACAUCAAAAAUAAGUAUAGAUGAUGUUCGGUCAAAAUUGUCAUCUAAUAGUAAAAAUAAAAAAAGUGCAMUUAAACCAAUUGAAAAACCAAAUGAAGAAGAUUCUGACGAUUAUGAACUUGGCAAAGAUCUAAAAGAUGAAAAAAAAAAAAAAGCGGAGGAAAUCCGAAAAGAAAUAAAUCAAAUAAAAUCACAGCUUUCAAAAAAAAAAAAAGAUAAAAAAAAAGACCUAGAUAUAGAAGAUACACCAAGCAUACCACUUUUGCCUAUUGAUCCACUUAAACAACAAUAUUUAGAAAAUAUAAAAAUGUAUUCUUCCAAAAAAAGUGAAAUUCCCUUAAAAGGUUCAAAUAGAGAAGAAUUUGCUCUUAGUCUUUUAGAGCAGUUUAAAAAUAAACUUCAUAAUGCAGUACGAUCAAGUCAAGAAAAACCUGAAAAAUCAUCUGAAACACUUGAAGAAGAUGAUGAUGAUUGGAAAAGUCAUCCCCUUCAAUUUCAGAAGGAAGAUGUUGUACUAGCAAAAGAUGCAAAUAAAAAAGAUGAUGAUUGGUUUGAAAUAUAUGAUCCUAGAAGUGCUAUCAACAAAAGGAAGCGUGAAUCGAAUAAAUUCAAUUCAAAAGCUGACAAAGAUAAAAAAACAAAAGUUUAA